ACACACUCAACUUCUAAGUUAAAUGUACCACUGUCUCCUCUCAAGUCGUUUUCAUUUUAUUAAACACAUAUUUAAAACGCAUCGGCUAGCUUACAGUCUGUGUUCAGAUCAAUAACGAUGAAUUAUUAAUGGAAACAGUAAAAAAAAAGAAAAGUGGUGUGACGGAGCAACAGGUGAUCCUGGUUCCCGGGCAAGACGCGUGAUUGACAGCCGUCUUAGCCAAUCGGCUGGCAGAGAACGGAGUGCACGCGCCAAUCGUGCGCGUCCGCAGUGUUUCGUGUGGGCGUUGAUCCCAGACUAGCGGUGUCAUCGGCGGUAGAGCCACACUGGGACACCGAGAGGACAGACAGACAGACAGGCAGGCAGGCAGGCAGGCAGGGUGUCUCUCCGCUUCUGAAGGAAGGAUUUUUCUGUCGUCGUUGCGACACAAGAGGUGGAAAUACAACGUAAUCGCUGCAGUCGUUUUGGAAUGUCAGCAGUUCUGAGGAUUAUUGCCGUACUGGAAUUGGAUCACACCUCCCAAAACCGCCAAUCCUUCCUCAUGAGGAAAGAUGGGGAAUGGAUUGUCUGAACAACCCAGCUUCCUAUCCAACGUCCCGUGCUUCCAGUCGUUUCACAUCGCCAUCCUCGGCCUGGACUCGGCGGGCAAGACCACCGUGCUGUACCGACUGCAGUUCAACGAGUUUGUGAACACGGUGCCCACCAGAGGUUUCAACGCGGAGAAGGUGAAAGUGUCCCUGGGCGACCACCGGACCGUGACGUUCCACUUCUGGGACGUGGGCGGCCAGGAGAAGCUGCGGCCCCUGUGGAAGUCGUACACGCGAUGCACGGACGGCAUCAUAUUCGUGGUGGACUCCGUGGACGCGGAGCGCAUGGAGGAGGCCAAGACGGAGCUCCACAAAAUCGCCAAGACCUCCGAGAACCAAGGGGUGCCCCUGCUGGUGGUAGCCAACAAGCAGGACUUGAGAAAGUCUUUGGGACUCGCUGAGAUUGAGAAGUUGCUGGCGCUGAAAGAACUGGGCCCAGCUACUCCCUGGCACCUGCAGCCGACCUGCGCCAUCAUCGGGGACGGACUCAGGGAGGGCCUGGACCGACUCCAUGACAUGAUCCUGAAAAGAAGGAAGGCGCUGCGGCAGCAGAGAAAAAAGAGAUAGACUUGUCGUGAUACAGACUCGCCUGCUGUUUAUAUGUGAAGGAAACAAAAGGAUAUUCUCCUGGGUGGACACAGACAUGUCCACUGCAGGUCCACAUUCAAAAUGCUGAGUUUUAUCAGUCCUAAAGCUCCAGGUCAUGUGACGAUGCUGGUGAUCAGGAAGUGACAGUUAAAGGAAUACAGUAUGAAGAUGGGAAAGUUUCAGACAAGUGUGGCUAUGCUAUAAAGAGUUUAUGCGGAUUAAAAAGCACAGAGGGUUUGUGGUCUGGAGGGGUGAUGGAAGUUAAGGAUGUUUCAUGAACGACUGUUCCAAACAACAUUACCAAGAAAAGUAAUUUAAGACAAAUAGUUGAAGGUUUAUUUGGUAAAUGAUUGAACGUUGUUACACCAGAGGAGCAACAAAACAUCCGUUUGAUUUGACUGUUCCUUACGUUAUUAUAUCUGGUUCAUUUUUUACACUGGACUUUCUUUGUGAAAGAAAAGUAUUACCAUGCAUUAUUGAAUUAUUAUCGAUUUGCUUGCUGUCUUAUAUAUCUUUUUAAAAAAGCACUUUAGAGUAUCUCUUCGUAUGAAGUUUACAGUUUCUAAAUAGAGCAUAUUGUGUUGGAUUUUACAGAAAUGUUUGGGCAAAAUGCAACUGUAGUUGGUCCACAUUGGCCACGUUGUCAUUAGACAGGUUAUGCAUUGUGUUUUUGCUUAAUAAAACAUAUUUAGAGCAUU